AUGUCCGAAACUAAGGCAAAGGUACAUAAGUAUUUCGAAAGGACACCGUCGAAGUGGAAUAUUACUGAUUUCAUGGACGAGUGCGCCCUAGAACCGUUUGAUCGUAUAAUAGAAUUUUAUAUUUCAUCUCUUGAGAUCAUUAACGACACGAAGGAUGGCAAAGCGCGCGACAAGGCUCAACUUUUGUUGAAUAGAUAUAGAAAGGCAAGCACAACCAGUGUUGGGGCACUGGGAGCUUCGGGUUCGUCCAGUGUUCAAGCCUUCGGGGUGACUCAGCAUUGGUCCUCCUGGGGUACUAGGGAGCUUCGGGGUAAUCGUCCGGAUUAUAAAGUAGCGAGAAAAUGGAAAGAAUCUAAGGAGCGUGAUUUAGCCAGUGGACCUUCGGUUACAAUUACAGGUAGCACUGUACAAGUUGGGUCUGUUGUUGGAGUUAACAAAGGAACUUUUGAUACAAAACUUAUAACGAGCGAAGAAUUGGAGGGAGAAUCUUCUACGAAUAAAUCCAAAAAGAGAAAACCUGCUCGCUCUGAUGAUAAUUUGACCGAGACUGAUGACAGUGAA